GGGCUGCGUGCGAUGCGUGCGGCCAUGCAGCACAGAGAUGGGAUCUGAAGCCAUACUUUUGCGUCUAUCGAAUCAGCGUUUGCCAAGUGUAUGUCUUUUCAGUCUACGGUCUUUCUGACGGGCACAAGAAGCUGAACAUUAACACAAGUAAACAGGGAAGGCUCUGCAGCUAGCUGAACAGUGUUUCUGAUUUUCAUCCUCGACAUUGAGAAUGGAGGAUUUUGAAGACGUAGAGGAGACUCUUGAGAGGCUUCAGAGAGAAUGGCUGGCUGGGGACAAUGCCCUCCCGCCUGAGGAUCAAUUCACCCCAAGCUACUGCUACGACUGUGCGCGGACUAGCGGUGUUGCAGUCUGCCGGAAGCCAUCGCCCAACAAAAAAAAGAAGAGAUCCAAGCCAGCUGCCAAAGGUAUUUCUCGCCAGGGUAUCACAAAUCAUGUCAAAGCCAAAGCCGCUCCCCAGUUCAAGAAAGUCUUGACCAUUCAGGCAUCUGCCAAGAUCAAGAAAAAAGCCCUGAGCAACCUCUACGGCCAGAAGAACGAGAGGGGCAAUGCUAAAUCCUCACAGUCAAAAAACAGGCCCACGGGGGCAUACACAUGCGACGAAUGUGGGCAGGUGUUCUCCUUCAGUUGCAAUCUCCGGAGACACUUGGAGCAGCACGUGCAGAAAGCCAACGAGUACAUAUGCAGGCAGUGCGGCGAGUCGUUCACGGUCAAGAGGGCGUACGUACGGCACGUUCAGAAGCACAAGGCGGAAUUGAUCAGCGUUACCGCAGAUAAUGUGGAGGAACCUGACACUAUAAACACACCAGAAUACUUUCCAGUGGAAGAGAAUGAAUUAUCUGAUAAUGAUAAUGUUUCUGAUGUUGAGGUAUCUGACAAUGUAGAUGCAUGGACGUAUGAUAUGGAGAACACACACUCUCCCUUGGUUGCCACUGCACAGUAUUCGGAUAAUUCGCUGAAUGCGACGACCACGGCUGCAGCUAGUGCCUUCACGUCUGAGGAGGAACGCCCUUACGCUUGCUACAAAUGCGGCAAGACCUUCAGUCGUAACAUGUACCUGAACCAGCACAUGAGAGUCCACAACAACGCCAGACCCUUCUCGUGUCAGUACUGCACGCGGAAAUUCAAGACCAGACACCAUUCCAAGAACCACGAGAAGUCGCACAUGUUCAGCAAGCCCUACCCUUGUCAGUACUGCUCCAUGUCCUUCGCACGUAAUGCGUACCGGGCAAUUCACGAGCGAAGGAAACAUCCGCAUAGUGUAGACAUGGAGAGUUCCAGAUGAAGUAUUUGACCCCAAGACAGACGAGCCCAGGGCAAACCACACUGCCAUUGUGUCUUCUACUUGUAUUGACAAGUGUUUAUAAUUGAACAAAGUUACAGACAAUCCCUCAAAAAUCGUCACUGAAUGUUCUGUAACCGUACAGGAAAGCUGGAUCAAAGGUGAAAUAGGAUCUUUUCACAUCCUUGGUAAAUCAUGCCCCCCCCCCCCCCCUUACUGGCCCAGCCUAUUCGUGACCACCUUCCGCCAAAUAUGAGCUCAUAGAGUGUCAGUAAUGCAAUAGACCCUUCCCAUGAAAUAUGUAAAUUGCACAUAGUGCGUGCGCACUUACAUUUUGGUUGGCAAAAUG